AUGCGGACUGCCCGCAAGCCAACCAGCGCAGAUUCAUUCAGCGCUGGUGAAGAAGAUGAAACGACUUGUAUAUUGCCCCAGGUUGGAAAAACGAUUGAACAUCGGAAUAUUAAGUUCCAAAUAUUGCGACAAAUUUGGUCGGGGCCAUUCAGCAAUGUUUUCGUUGUCAUGGACGUUAAUCGUAACAAAAAAUUCGCAAUGAAAAUCGAACAUCAAGUGGAUUUUGGACGAUCAGUGCUGAAAUUGGAUGUGUUCGUAUUGAAAGAGUUUCGUCACGAAAAAACACCCGGCUUUCCGCGUUUUAUUGCGGCUGGACGAACCAGUCAACUGAAAUUUUUGGUAUUACAGCUUGUGGGACCUGACAUCAAUAAAUUGAGACGAUGUCUUCCCGAAAAAAAGUUUUGCUUAUCAACAGCAUUGCGUUUAUCGCAACAAACAUUGGAGAGAAUUGAAACGUUGCAUGAUGUUGGUUGGUUAUCGAGGGACAUUAAAGCCAGUAAUUUUGCGAUUGGGAAAAAGAAAAACAACAAUACCGUAUAUAUGCUUGAUUUCGGAUUUGCGAGACGAUAUCGAGAUCGAAAAGGAAAUAUUUAUUCACAGAGCACCUCGGCUGCAUUAUUGGGAUCAAUUCAUUACGCAUCAAUGGCUGCGCAUGCAUUUCAAGACCAGUGCAGACGAGACGAUGUUGAAUCAUGGUUUUAUAUGUGCUGUGAACUCAUUAAAGGACCGCUUCCGUGGGUAUCCUUAGAUCCGAAGACGGAUUACAAUCUGAUUGGUGAAUGGAAACGAUAUGCUCGAUUUGGCGGUCGAGAAGAACUUCUUCGUGGUGUACCGUUUGAAUUCGAUAGUAUGCUUGAUCUCAUCGACAAAAUCAAAUUCAAUGAACGACCCGAUUAUAAGGCACUGAGGUGUAUGAUCGAUAGCGUUUUUACGCGUCUUGGUGUGAGCCACUUCGCUCUUUUAUUUUCUUCAGAUGAUACAUUGUUUUUCUGA